CGGAAGCGGCAGCAUUAUAUUGUUUACAUUAUGCUAAUAGUUAUAAAUUAAGAAAUUAUGAGCCAUAUAUGAUUGUUGACUGUGGAGGUGGUACAGUAGAUUUGACAACGCGAAUAUUAUUGCCAGGAAAUCAAAUUAGUGAAGUUACUAUGCGUACAGGGGCUUAUUGUGGGAGUGCUUAUGUUGAUAGGGAAUUUUUAAAAUUCUUGUCGAAAAAGAUUGGAAUGCAAGCA